AUGCAUAGAAAAUUAACCAAUUUACUAUCUAAGUCUAAUGAAAAGUAAAUAAUAUUAACUCCUAAAAGCCAUUCAAAUGCAGAUAUCACAUCCAUUAAUUUUGUAUUAAUUUUUUAUCUAACAUAGUUUCAAAAGUAAUUACUCAACAUAAUAGAAUACAAAAAUAAAGAUGUUGAUUUUUAAAGAAUUAUAGAAACUUUAUCUUUAAUGUCUAAAGAAUUAGAUAAAGCUUCUUAAAGAGAAAUAGAACUUGGAUUAAAAGAGCGAUAAUUAUAGAAAAUAUAAUAAUUGUAUAAUUAAUUAGAGGUAAGUUAUGAAGUUUUAAAAAAAAAGAGUGAUGACUUAGAAAUCUAGAAUAAAAACCUUAAAAUUAAAAUUGAAGAAUUAAUUCAUUAAAAUUAAUAAAAUUAUCAUUAAUAUUAAGUCUAAACAAAAUUGAGUGGUGAUUUAAAUUAAAAAGUAACUAAUUUAGAAUAAAGAUUAGAAAUUAUUUUAGAAUGUGAUUAUCCUACUGAAAAUGCUAUUAUUAGAAAAACAUUAAUUGAUUUAGUGAAGGAAUGUGAAAAAUAGAAAAGAGAUUUGUAAAUAAAAAAUUAAGAAAUUCUUAAAUUAUAGGAUUAAAAUAAAAAUUGCCAACAAAGAAUCAAUAAAUUAAAUUAAAAAUUGGAGAUUAUGAAAAAGAAUUGUACUGUACGAGAAUUAGAAAAUUAUUCAUCCGAAAAACUAGAAACUAAUACUUUGGAUGAUUAAUAGUAAGAUCCAACUUAAAUUCUUAUACGAUAUUAACCUUUUGAUAAUUUAGAUUAUAGGGUAAAUGCAUUAAAAAUAGAAUUUUCAGAUAUCAUUAAAGAUUUAGAAGAAUAAGGAACUUCAAUUUUCACAUAAAAAAUGUUACAAUCAUCUUAAAAACAAAUAAGAGAAUAAAUUUAAUUAAUUACUUCUUAAUAUUUAUCUUAUAAGGACUUUUCAGGAAAAUUAAAUAUGAUGUUAAAGUAACUAAUCUUAUUGUUUAAAAUUGAUAGUUUAUAAUAAAAAUUGUAAUUUAUUGCUUAAAACUUUAAGCAUAUCUUUCAGUGUUAAAAUGCACGAUUUUGGGUUCUUGAUGCAUAAAUAGGAAUUCUAUAUACAAAUAAUAAUUAAAGAGCAAUAAUAAAUAAAGGAUCUUUUAGUGAAUUAAUAAGAUUACUUAAACCAAUUCAUAAAAGAGAAUACAAUUUGUUAUAUAAUACAAAUGAAAAUGUUUCUAUUUACACUAAUUAAUGUUUAUUAUAUCCAAUAUUUGAUUAAAAUAAGAGAGUAAUUGGAGUUUUAGAGAUGAGUAAUUCAGUUUGUGAUUUCUUCUCUUUUGAUGAAGAAUAUUUUGGUGUUAUCUUAGCUAAAUUUUGUGAAUUAGUAAUCUAAGAUUAUAUUCAAAAUAGUUUAUACUAAAUAACCUUAAAGUUUGAUUCAAUGAUUUAAUUAGCAUUUAAUGAACUUUUAUAAUGUAAAUCACGAUUUGAUUUAUUUAAAACAAUUAGAAAUUAAAUGGAAAUUAUUUUGACUGUUCAGACAAUAGCAUUUUAUUUUAUUGAAAAUAAUUAAUUUUUAACAUAUAAAACAAUAGAUCAUAGUUGGGAUGGUAUAAAACAUAGUAAAAUUUAUUCGAGAGGGUCUGCCAUUAAUUAACCAAUUAUAGUAACGUAAAAAGGAAUAGCAAAAUUAGUAUUUGAUAGAAAAAAAGUAUAAAUAAUAAUAUGAUUAGGAACUAAUAGUAAUGAAUACAAGAAAAUGUAUAGAAUUUGAUGAUACUAUUGAUAUUGAUUCUAUAUUGCCUGUAUUAAUUCACCCUAUUAUUUGUGAUGAUCAAGUUAUUGCAGUAUUUGAAGUUCCUAUGAAAACAAGAAAUCUCUUUAAAUAAGAGAAAGAUAAGAUUAUGAUAGGGAAUUCAGAAAUAAUAGGGCCUGAUAUCAGUUUUGAAGUCCUUAUAGGAAGAAUAGAUUCUAUAAUUAAGAAGGCAAUUAGCAUAAUGAAAUUAAAAUGA